AUGGCAGAGGAAGUUCCUGGGAUUGAAGAAGCUGCUGAACCUCCAGCAUCACCUAAACCAUCUACAGUUGUGGCACAUAAUAUGGAAACAGAACAAAUGACUCCUACAAAGUAUUCUAUUAUCAGUAGGAAUGGGGUUGGGACCACAGGGAAACAUAUAUCUUUACUUGUGAAUCUCUUCAAAGUUUCUGUUAAUGCUCCAGACACAGUCUUUUUCCAGUAUAAUGUUGCUAUUACUUUAGAAGAUAAACGAGCUGUUGAUAGCAAGGGUAUUGGGAGAAAAGUAAUUGAUAGGCUUUACCAAGCAUAUGCAUCUGAACUUGGUGGCAAAAGGUUUGCUUAUGAUGGAAAGAAAACUUUGUACACAGUGGAUAAUCUGCCACGUAAUGAGUUCAAAGUGUCGCUGGAGGAACCAUUUGCAAAACGUAGUACAGAGUGUCCUGGUGCUGAUGGAAGCCUUCUUGAGGAAACUAAAAGGUCAAAAUGUUAUUCUCAGUCAAAGAUAUUCAUGGUGGAGAUAAGUUUUGCUGCCAAAAUACCCCUGCAGUCCAUUGCUAUUGCCCUCAAAGAGGCUGAAUCAGAUGCCAAUUCUGAAGAUGCAUUGAGAGUGCUUGAUACUGUACUAAGGCAGCGUGCAGCUAACUGUGAUGUUGGGGCUGGUCUAACAGCAGUCUCGGGUUUUCAUUCAAGUUUUCGUCCCACACAGCGAGGAUUGGCUCUCAAUAUGGAUGUGUCAACAACUAUGAUCAUAAAACCUGGUCCUGUUAUUGAUUUUCUGUUAUCAAAUCAGCAAGUGAGGGAACUUCGUCAUAUUGACUGGGAAAAGGUUAAAAAUGACAACGGCAAUAAUGAAGGGCAGACAGUGGAUAUUACAGUAUAUGAAUAUUUUGUCGAACAUUGUCACAUUGAUCUGAUCUCAUCUGCUUAUCUUCCAUGUCUUGAUGUUGGAAAACCUAAACGGCCCAUCUAUUUUCCUUUGGAGCUAUGUUCACUGGUUUCCCUCCAACGGUAUACAAAGGUACUAUCUCCAAUGGAAAGAGCAUCUUUAGCUGAAAAAUCACGCCAGAAGCCUAAAGAUAGAAUCGAAAUUCUGAAAAAUGCUGUAGGAAAUUAUUGCUUCGAUGAUGAUCCUGUUCUUGCUGCAUGUGGCAUUUCUGUUGAGAAACAAUUGACUCUGGUUAAAGGUCGUGUCCUUGAGACACCAAAGACACUUCUACAACCAUCGCGUAUUGAAGUUUGGGCUGUUGUCAACUUUUCUGCAAGAUGUGAUACUAGUUACAUAUCAAGAGAGCUGAUCAGAUGUGGAAUGGGCAAGGGCAUUAACAUUGCACGGCCAUAUACUUUGAUGGAGGAGGAACCACAUAUGAGAAAAUCUAACCCUGUUGCAAGGGUUGAAAGAAUGAUUGGCCUGCUUGCACCAAAACUACCAAGAACACCAGAUUUGAUUCUUUGCGUCUUGCCAGAGAGGAAAAAUUGGCCAUGGAAAAGGAAGUGUCUGAGUGAAAUUGGUGUUGUCACACAGUGCAUUUCCCCUGUCAAGAUCACUGAUCAAUACCUUAAUAAUGUACUUCUUAAAAUCAAUUCUAAGCUUGGGGGAAUAAAUUCUCUGUUGGCAAUAGAGCGUUCUGGGCAUUUUCCCCAAAUUGAAGAUAUCCCAACAAUGAUUUUGGGGAUGGAUGUCUCCCACAGAACGCUUGAUCGAGUAGAUAUUCCAUCAAUAGCAGCUGUUGUCGGAUCUCAAUGUUGGCCACUGAUUUCAAGGUAUAGAGCUUCCGUGAGAAUGCAAACAUCUAAGGUGGAGAUGAUUGAUGCUCUAUUUAAGCCGGUGGGAGAUGAGGGUGAUGCUGGUAUGAUCAGGGAAUUGCUUUUAGAUUUCUAUCAUACAAGUAAGGGACGCAAGCCAACUCAAUUUAUUAUCUUCAGGGAUGGAGUUAGUGAAUCACAAUUUAAACAAGUCUUGACUGUCGAGCUUAACCAGAUAAUCAAGGCCUAUCAACGUCUUGGUGAGGGUAAUGUUCCCAAGUUCACCGUGAUUGUGGCACAGAAAAAUCAUCAUACUAGGCUGUUUCAGGCUGAUGGUCUGGCAAAUGUUCCUCCUGGGACUGUUGUGGACACAACAAUCACGCAUCGAAGCAAUUAUGAUUUUUACAUGUGUGCUCAUGCGGGGAUGAUUGGAACAUCUAGGCCUGUACAUUAUCAUGUGCUUCUUGAUGAGAUUGGCUUCUCGGCAGAUGACUUACAAAAUUUGAUCCAUUCGCUGUCCUAUGUGUACGCACUCUACCUUUUGAACCAAAGAAGCACAACGGCAACCUCAGUUGUGGCACCCAUAUGCUAUGCUCACCAUGCUGCAUUUCUGAUGGGACAACUUUGGAAUCUUGAUGAUUUAUCAGAAACGGGUUUACCCAUGCCAGAGCUCCCAAAGGUGCAUAAGGAUGUCGAGCGUUCUAUGUUCUUCUGUUGA